AGCCUUCUUUCCUCUCCCAAAUCAGACUUCUCCAAAAUUCAAUUCAGUUUCUUCUACGGCCGCCUCGAGCAGCGCGGCCGCGGAUCCCCGGGGAAAGAGGCCAUGGCUUCCUCUGCCCCGGGGAGAGGAGGAAGACGGCCGAUCUCACCUGCGGCGGCGGCGGCGGCUGUGGUGGUAAUGGUACUGGUUGGGGCGGAGCCGGCGGCGGCGUGCUACCAGCGCUUGUUCAGCUUCGGGGACUCGCUGGCCGACACGGGCAACUUCCGCUUCUACUACGGCAACAGCUCCGGCGAGCCCGCGCUCCGGCCACCCUACGGCGAGACGUUCUUCCGUCGCCCCACCGGGCGCUUCUCCAACGGCCGUCUCGUCCUCGACUUCAUCGCGGACACGAUGGGGCUCCCGUUCGUUCGGCCGUACCUGAGCGGGCGGCGUGCGGAGGACUUCGCGUGCGGGGCCAACUUCGCCGUGGGCGGCGCGACGGCGCUAGGCCCGGACUUCUUCCGCGACAGGGGUUUCAACAUCGGCGACGGACGGGUGCACCUCGACACGGAGAUGAAGUGGUUCCGCGACCUGCUCGAUCUUCUCUGCCCCGGCGGCCGCUCCGAUUGCUCGGACAUGAUGGGUCAAUCCCUUUUCUUGGUUGGAGAAAUUGGGGGCAAUGAUUACAACUUACCUCUUCUAUCCAGAUUACCGAUUGAGAAGAUCCGCUCCUUCACACCAAGUGUUGUUGCCAAAAUUUCUUCUACAAUCACCGAAUUAAUUGGGCUAGGAGCCAAGACUCUGGUGGUUCCGGGGAACCUCCCAAUUGGCUGUGUCCCAAGAUAUCUAUCGAUUUUUAGGAGCGAUAACAAAGAAGAUUAUGAGCCAGAGAGCGGUUGCCUCAGGUGGAUGAACGAGUUCUCCAAGUACCACAACAAGCUUCUCGUGGAGGAGCUGGAGAAACUGCGCAAGCUUCAUCCUGGUGUAUCUAUCAUCUAUGCUGACUAUUAUGGAGCUGCAAUGGAAAUUUUCCUUUUCCCUGAACGAUUUGGUAUCGAGGAACCUUUAGUGGCUUGCUGCGGUGGAGAAGGAACCCAUGGUGUGUCUCCAGCUGCAGCCUGUGGAUAUGGGGAAUACAAGGUGUGUGAUAACCCAGACAAGUAUGGCUCAUGGGAUGGCUUCCAUCCAUCGGAAGCUGCGUACAAGGCCAUUGCAAUGGGCCUCCUGCGAGGGACAUACACACAACCGUCAAUUGCUUCUACCACCAGUUCGUGUCCAAAGCUUACUGAGCUGGUCUCCUCUGUUGAAUACAAGGUUCUCUACGAUUUAUAAUUUUGUAGCUACAUUCAAUUUUUAUUGUUAAAGAAAUACAUGUGGUUAAAUACUUUUUUUGGACACAGACAGUAUGGUUAAAGAUGUAAUGAUUUUGAUAUUUUUGCCUGAUUACAGAGACGCGGUACUGUACUGCACUUCACGGCUGUUGCCCAAGUAAUUGGUUGGGUUUUGUUUUACCUUUUCUUUUUUUAGUCACCGGUUACCUUUGUCGUUCUACUGCUGCUCCCUCAAGUCGUGUCUUCUUGAUCGUUUUAGUUGUAUAUCUAUAAUAGUGCUAAGCAUCCUCUCUUCUGUAUAGUGCUAGAGCUAGCCGUUAUAAGGGGAGUAUUUACAAUUUGGCAUCCUGAUUGGAUGGUAAAAGGAUACACAUUCUUUGACCAUCUUGGCUGUCCUUAGUCCCUAUGUAUGAGGACUUAUGAGUUUGUCCAAAGUUAAACUAUACUAAGUUUGACCAAGUUUAUAUAAAAAACUAAUAAUAUUAACCAUACUAAAUGAGCAUCUAUAGAUAUUAUAGAAUAUAUUUUCAGUUUACUUAUUUGAUGUGGUAAAUGUUAAUACUUCCCUCUAUAUACCUGGUCAAAAUUAGAGUAGUUUGACUUACAACAAACUCAGAGAUACUUAUAUUUAGGGAGAAAUACUUAUAUUUAGGGACAGAGUGAGUACUUCAUUUCCACUUCUUAUUUUCUUGUAAUGGUGACGAGAAGUCUAUGCACACUAAUCAUUAUUUACGAGGCAGCUAGGAGAAAGUUCCGCACGCUACCACGCCGGGGCGUCCUCCUUCCUAUCCUAAUCGGUUAUUAAUUAUGUUCUUAAUUAGUCCCAUCACUAAUAAAGCAUGGUUGUUUUGCACUCCCGCCAAUCUCCAUCCAAAAUUCCCUCCCAAACAACCUGGCUUUCCUCGUAUCUUAUCUGUUUCACGUGAUCUGAUCCCCAAAACAGGAUUUUGUCUCCAUCUAUCUCAGUCACUAAUUUUUUUGACAAUGAUCUAAGCACAUGAAGGUAUGUAUGAACCUCAUGAUAUUUGCGACGUCUAUAUUAUACACUGCUAGUUUCUGAUCCAAUUUAUCGCUUUUUCCUAUACAUUGCACUCAUCAGACAGUGAUACUGUGAUUCUAUUGGCUAUAGGAAAUCAGUCAAAUACCGUUUCUAUAACUACUUCCACUGCAAUGGCCAGUAAUUUAACAUCCAAUGAAGUACAAGAAGAAAAUAUUGAGGAUGACAAUGAAUUUAUUACUGAGGAGGUUGAAGAUGAUUCUGAGGCCCAAGUUGCAGAGGCAGACUUGGAACCGUUGAGCCGAAGAAGGGAAUUAUUUUUGACACUAUAGGUGAUGAUUUUACCUUCUAUAGAGAUAUGCUGAAAGAAAGGGUUUCGUUGUUACAAUAAUAUAUCUCGCAGUCACUAGAGCAGCACAGGCUUGUGGAGAAUCGAAGGGUGGACCAGGCCUAGAAAAAAAACCAAACGAGUUCACCGGUUGAACCAGAAAAACCGUGAACCGGUGACCAGACGGGUUCGGCUCAAUCAAAAGAUCGGCCAUGCAAUUGGACCGGUGCGAACCUGCCGGUUUUGUAUCAAACCAGUGAACCAGUUUUUUAGUGAAUCAGUGAACAAUUCAAUGUUUGGACAUUGGUUUUGAAACUUUGGACAAUAGACUAUUAUGUUAUUUGUAUGUAA